AUGAGCCCAAACGGUGAUACUGAUGCCGCUGGUGCAACUGGCGCGCAACCUAGGGCAUUGACUGGUCGCGAAAGGGCCAGCAGCCUACAAGGCGAAAAUUUAGAAGUCAAGGCAGAGGCGGUGCCAGGGAACACGGAGCAAAGGAUGUUGGACCUACUGACGGGACUAGCGGAGCGGAUGGCUAAGCUAGAGGCGUCACAAGGGACCAAGGACCAGCCGAUGGCCAAGGAGUCCAGUGUGUUCGGGUCAGCAAUAGGCCUGGGGCAACCGAUGAAUCGGCGUGCUCUCGACGUGACACCGCCGAGGGCUCCUUCUCCACAUAUGUCGCCGGGGACGUACUUCGGGAUGAACCAACCGGGGUAUGCAAGGGCGGCUGAGAACGUCGAGAGGGCACAGGCGCCGCAGCCGGGGUUACCACAACACUUUGUGCCACCUCCAGUGUGCCAGCAGGCGCAGAUACCGCAGCACGUCCCGUCGUAUGCGAGAGUGCCGGACGCUAGACAGCGCAAGCUGAACAUCCGUCAUUUCGAUGAAAAGAGCUUUACCAGGGGCUAG